UUCAGCAAGUGACCCACUGCUCUCUGUCUGGCACCAUGUCCUACAACUGUUCCACAAGGACCUGCUCUUCCAGGCCGAUUGGAGGAUACUGCACUGUCCCUGUGGCUGCAGCCACCACAGCUUCCCAGGAUGCCGACUGCCUGAGUGGCAUCUAUUUGCCCAGUUCCUUCCAAACUGGCUCCUGGCUCCUGGACCACUGUCAGGGGUCCACCUGUGAGUCCACUGCUUGCCAGCCCACCUGUUACCAGUCAAAUUCCUGCGUCUCCAGCCCUGGACAGGUGACCUGCUCUCGGCAAACCACCUGUGUCUCCAAUCCCUGCUCAACCACCUACAGCCGGCCACUCACCUUUGUCUCCAGUGGCUGUCAGCCCCUGGGUGGCAUCUCUAGUGGGUGCCAACCAGUGGGAGUCAUCUCCACUGUCUGCCAACCAGCCUGCGGGGUCUCCAGGACGUACCAGCGGUCCUGCGUGUCCAGCUGUCGAAGAACUUGCUAAGUGUGUAGAAGCCAGUGAGCGAAUCAAGACUCCAGGACCUGCCAGCCGUGUUUCCAGGCUCGUCUAGCAUGCUGCCCAUCCCCGAACAACUCUUCACUGCUGACCACUGCGCUGACUGCCUGACUGCUUGGCUGCCAGCUCUGAAUAAGCUGCCUUUGGCAAGCGAUGAUUUUUCUGGCUAGCACCAAGCUUAUUUUAAGGGUUGAUCACUGGUGGCGCAUAUUCUUCUGGAUGUUUCCAGAAACUUUACUUCCCAUCCCCCAGUCUCUGGUGGUUUUGACAUGUUUUGACCUUGCUGCUGUGUCUUCGGGCUUCUGCUUUUGUGCCUCUGAGGAAGGGAACUUGUCUCGCUCUGUAUUUUCUCAAUAAACCUGCUUACUUGGCAUUGCAAA